GGGCUCGCGGUGCCUUGUGGGAAGGCGGUGCAGGCGGGGGUCGGGGGAGUCGCAGCGGGUCUGAGGGGCUGUGGUGCCCACGUUGACGGCCCGGACAGGUUUAUGGAGAAGUGACUCUGUAAGUUGAGGAUUAUUUGUCAACCUAUUUAAUUCUCAGAGUUUUGUUAUUCAAAACUGCAGACCAUAAUGACUUCAACAAAUAAAGCAGUUGAAUUACAACUACAAGUGAAGCAAAAUGCAGAAGAAUUACAAGACUUUAUGAGGGAUUUAGAGAACUGGGAAAAAGACAUUAAACAAAAGGAUAUGGAACUGAGAAGACAGAGUGGUGUUCUUGAAGAGAGUUUACCUCCUAUUCGAAAUGGAAAUUUUAGGAAAAAGAAGAAAAGGAAAGCAAAAGAUUCCUCUAAAAAAGCCAAGGAGGAAAACACUAAAAACAGGAUAAAAUCAUAUGAUUAUGAGGCAUGGUCAAAACUUGAUGUGGACAGUAUUCUUGAUGAGCUUGAUAAAGAAGACAGUAACCACGAUUCUGUGUCUCAGGAGUCGGAGUCAGAAGAAGAUGGGAUUCAUGUAGAUUCACAGAAGGCUCUUACUCUAAAAGAAAAGGGCAAUAAAUUCUUUAAACAAGGAAAAUAUGAUGAAGCAGUGGAAUGCUAUACCAAAGGCAUGGAUGCUGAUCCAUAUAAUCCUGUGCUGCCAACAAACAGAGCAUCGACCUACUUUAGAUUGAAAAAAUUUGCUGUUGCUGAGUCUGAUUGUAAUUUAGCAAUUGCUUUAAAUCGAAAUUAUGCAAAGGCUUAUGCCAGACGAGGAGCUGCUCGAUUUGCUUUGCAAAAAUUAGAGGAUGCCAAAAAAGAUUAUGAAAAAGUAUUAGAACUGGAACCAAAUAAUUUUGAAGCAACAAAUGAACUCAGGAAAAUCAACCAGGCUUUAACAUCCAAAGAAAACUAUCCAAAGGAAGCUGCUAUAGUGAUUAAAUCAACUGAAGGAGAGAAGAAACAAAUUGCAGAACAGCAGAUCAAGCAGCAAGCUAUUUCAGAGAAAGAUCUGGGGAAUGGAUUUUUCAAAGAGGGGAAAUAUGAGAGAGCAAUUGAAUGCUAUACUAGAGGGAUAGCAGCAGAUGGCGCUAAUGCCCUUCUUCCAGCUAACAGAGCAAUGGCCUAUCUGAAGAUUCAGAAAUAUGAAGAAGCUGAAAGAGACUGCACACAAGCUAUUUCAUUAGAUGGCUCUUAUUCUAAAGCUUUUGCCAGAAGAGGGACUGCAAGAACAUUUUUGGGAAAGAUAAAUGAAGCCAAACAAGAUUUUGAAACUGUUCUACUUCUGGAACCUGGAAACAAGCAAGCAAUAACUGAACUUUCCAGAAUUAAAAAGGAAUUAAUUGAGAAAGGACACUGGGAUGAUGUUUUUCUUGAUUCCACGCAAAGACAAAAUUUGGUAAAACCCAUUGAUAACCCACCUCAUCUCGGAUCAGCUAAACCACUCAAGAAGGUUAUUAUUGAAGAGACUGGUAAUUUGAUACAGACUAUUGAUGUGCCAGACAGCACUACUGCUGCUGCUCCAGAGAGUAAUUGUGUUAAUCUAGCAAAUAGAAUAGCAGCCACAGCCACUGCAAGUAAGAAGAGUUCCGGCCAAGAUGACCUUUUGCCCUCAAGUGAUACUCCAAGAGCAAAAGUAUUGAAAAUAGAAGAAAUUAGUGAUACUUCAGCUCUGCAACCACAAGUCAAUUUGAAACAGGAUGAAUGUCAGUCUUCCAGUGAGAAGAUUUCUACAAAGGUGGAACAAACCCCUGCUCAGUUUGUCGCAACUGUUCUACCUCCAAUUCCUGCCAACUCGUUCCAACUUGAAUCUGAUUUCAGACAGCUGAAAAGUUCUCCAGAUAUGUUGUAUCAGUAUUUAAAGCAAAUUGAACCAUCCUUGUAUCCGAAGUUAUUUCAGAAAAAUCUAGAUCCAGAUGUGUUCAACCAGAUUAUUAAAAUUCUGCAUGACUUUUACAUUGAGAAAGAAAAGCCGUCACUUAUCUUUGAAAUCUUACAAAGACUUUCUGAACUAAAAAGGUUUGAUAUGGCGGUGAUGUUUAUGUCAGAACCUGAGAAAAAGAUUGCACGUGUAUUAUUCAAUCACAUAGACAAAUCAGGAUUAAAAGAUAAUUCUGUUGAAGAACUCAAGAAAAGAUAUGUUAGGGGCCAAGCCUAGUUUCUCAGUAAUUCCUCUGGAGUUCUUUACUCUUUAUUGUCCCAAAUCCUGUAUCAUGAUGCUUAUACGUUAUGAGACUUUCAAGUUACAAUCCAGUGAUCACUUUGGAAUCAGCUCUCUUUGAGCAUUGAUAAGUAACUGAUCCUGAGACCUUGACCACCCUUAUGUGCUCGGACCCUUGCUUGUUUGCUAAACCUUUUCUGCUUAUCAAGUUUUGGGUUCAAGUCUUCUUUGCUGUUGGAAGUUUAAUGACUCGGGAAUAACUUGGCAACUCUAAGCCUGUGUUUUCAAAUAAGGCAUUAUGAGUGUGAAAAUAGGUAAUUCAUGAAAAAUACUUAGGAGGGCUGAGGAUGUAGUUUGGCAAUAGAAUGCUUGCCUAGCAUGCUAGUGUGCUUGAGGCCCUGGGUUUGAUCUCCUGCUUCAGGAGUGGGGGAAGCUUAGGAAAGUUCCUGGGACCAGUGAGAGUGAAUAAUAUUAAGACUUUCUAUGGCUAGGUCUUGGGGGAGAUGUUUUGUCUUACACUGUAAUCCUCAUAGCAACCUGUCUUAGUUAUUUUCCUCAUUGCUGAGGCAGAAUACCCAACACCUAAUGUUAAAGGAGGAAAGGUUUAUUUCAGCUCAUGGUUUGUAGAGGUUACAGUCCCUAGUUGGCUGGCUCUAAGCCAGGGUGGCAUAGCAGAGGGGCAUCAACUAGGGAGUAGACAGUGAAGCAGCAGAAGCUGCAGCCUACCUCUCUUUUAUCCCUUCUAGGCUACCCACAUUUUGGGUGGUGCCUCACACCCAGGGUGAGCCUUCCUGUUAUCCAUACCAGAACUAUGCUGAACCAGUCAGUGGACUAAUUUAAUAAUCACACACCCUUAAUCCCAGCAUCUCACAACCUAGAUCACCCACCUCUUAAAAGCCCCACCUAUGAGUGCAGGAGGCUUCUGGGGGAUGUCUAGACACAAUCUGCCAAGUUGUUUCUACUACUGUAACACAACCCUACCAAACAGUUUCUUUCCACUCCCAUUUUUUUUGGUAUUGGGGAUUGAACUCAGGACCUUGUGCUUGCGAGGCAGGUGGCGGCACCACUGAGUUACAUCCCUGCCCCUCCACUUCCAUUUUAAAGAUAGCAAAAAUAUAAGACCAAGAGAAAUUAAGCAAUCCUUCAAGGUCAUGAAACUUGUAAAUGAUAAACCUGUGAAUGAUAAUGCCAGGAUUUAAACUGAAACCCUCUCUUCUUCAGAGGAUAUGGUGAUAAUUAAGAUGGAGGAGCCAUCUAGGCUCAGACACAAAGGGGUAGAAAGACAAAUCUAAGUGACCAAGGAGAAAGCAUGGUCUAGGUAGACAGAACAUCUUGGAAUGUUCUUGAAUGGAGGUGUAUGAGAAGACACAUUCAGAUUUGCAGCAGUAGCAUGUUGAGGCACUUGGCUGGAGGAAUGGGGUGAAAGUAUGGCAGCCAGAUGACAAAGGGCUUUUGGUGAGGUGACAGAUGCCUGUUUUCUGAAAGUGACCAAUAGCCACGGGCUUCAUUUUAAAAAUAAGGAUAUUAAAGCAUAAUUGAGGUCCAUUAUGGGUUAUAUACAUUGCUCAUUGUUACCCGAUUAAAAAGUAGUGGAGCAGAAGUACUAUACCAGGUAAUCUGAUUCCAGACACCACAAGCCUGGUGACCAUUGCAUGGCAUAUUCUCUUGGAGGAAUGAGGAAGACAGUGGAUUUCAGAUCUGCAUAGGAGGGCGAAUCAGUAGGAUCGGUGGCAGUCAUUCAUCUGUUCAGUCAUUUUUUGAGUGUCUAUAUUGUGCCCAUUGGGGAAUGAAGCGCUGGAGAAAAGUUUUCACCUUCCAGUAACUCAGUGUUCUCUUUCAUUUGGUUUGCAUUUGUUUAUUCCUCAUGUAUGCACAUUCUGACUACAAACUAGAUUUUGAACUCUUGUGUAUGUCUUAUGGUUUGUGUCUAGAUGUCUUCUCCAAAGCUUCAUGCGGUCAUAGAUGGCGUUUUCAGAGGCGGCUAAAUCUAGAGUGUAUGAUGCUGGGAUUAAGGGGGUGUGGUUACUAAGCCAGUCCACUGAAUGGUUUGGCACUGUGCUAAUCCUGUUAAUCUGGGUGAGAUAAAAGGGGCAGAAAGAUGCUGUUAAGGUCCUUUGUUGCUUUUGCUAUCUUGUGGCUACCAUGAACUGUUCUCUGCUUUGAAGCCCCUGUGCCAAGCCAUACUCCCUUGGAGCCAGCUGAAACUGUAAGCCAAAUAAAACUUUCCUAUUUAA